UCUUCUGUCGCCCGCGGAGGGGGGCCGACGGCAGCAGUGGUUGGAGCCGGCGGCGCGGGGGGAAGCAUGGAGCCCAAGCGGCCGGUGGUGAACUUCGGGGCGGGCCCCGCCAAGCUGCCGCGCUCGGUAUUGCUAGAAGCACAGAAAGAAUUGGUGGACUACAAAGGGCUUGGCAUUAGUGUUCUUGAAAUGAGCCAUCGGACAUCUGAUUUCACAAAAAUUAUAAAUACGGCUGAAAAUAUCUUGCGUGAGCUGCUAAAUAUACCAGGAAACUACAAAGUCAUUUUCCUCCAAGGGGGUGGAUCUGGUCAGUUCAGUGCUGUUCCACUUAACCUUAUUGGACUAAAGGAAGGAAGAUGUGCAGAUUAUGUGGUUACUGGAGCUUGGUCAGCAAAAGCAGCUAAGGAGGCAGAGAAGUAUGCCAAAGUGAAUAUUGUUCACCCUAAACUUGGCAGUUACACAAAAAUUCCUGACCCAAGCACUUGGAAUCUUAACCCAGAUGCCUCUUACAUCUAUUACUGUGCUAAUGAGACUGUCCAUGGUGUAGAGUUUGACUUUGUACCUGAUGUCAAAGGGGCAGUUUUGGUUUGUGAUAUGUCAUCAAACUUCCUGUCCAGGCCUGUGGAUGUUUCUAAGUUUGGUGUCAUUUUUGCUGGUGCCCAGAAGAAUGUUGGCUGUGCUGGAGUCACUGUGGUAAUUGUACGAGAGGACUUGUUGGGAUUUGCACUCAAAGAAUGUCCCAUAGUACUAGAUUACAAAGUACAAGCUACAAAUGGGUCAUUAUACAACACUCCUCCAUGCUACAGUAUCUAUAUCAUGGGCUUGGUCCUGGAAUGGAUAAAGAACAAUGGUGGGGUUGCAGCUAUGGAUAAACUUAGUUUAAUCAAAUCUCAAAUGAUUUAUGACAUCAUUGAGAAAUCCAGUGGAUUCUAUGUUUGCCCAGUGGAGAAAAGGAACCGAAGCAGAAUGAAUGUUCCCUUUCGCAUUGGCAAUGUUAAGGGUGAUGACGCACUGGAAAAGAAAUUCCUUGAUAAAGCUAUUGAACUUAACAUGAUAUCUUUGAAAGGACAUCGGUCUGUGGGUGGAAUCCGUGCUUCUUUAUAUAAUGCUGUGACAGUAGAAGAUGUUCAGAAGCUUGCAACGUUUAUGAAAAGCUUCAUGCAGAUGCAUCAGUUGUGAAUGAUCAUGAACUAGUGUAAAGCUACACACCUGAAAAUUUCCCCUAGAAAUGAAAGGGGUUGAAAAUAUGUUGUGGUACUGCAGAAAAUGCACAAGAAAUUUAGUAAAUGAGUUAUACUUUGUUUUUGCUCUUAUAUCUGUUGUAACUAACUCAAUGGGAAUGUAGGGCCCAAUCUUGCAGUGAUUUGAGCAGCCUCAGCCUGGUUCCCCAGUUGAAACAGGAUGCUCACCCAAUGCAGGAUUUGACCCUAAAUUUGCAAAGCAUGUAACAGUAUUUGCAGUCAGCCUGUAGAUGGAAUUGACUGUGGAUAGGUUUCAUGUGUAAGUAGAAUCGCAAUCAAUUCCAGCCUGUGAAAAUAUCUCUUGUCAUCUUUUGUUACUGAUAUUUUGCAGUUAAAAAUAAUUUCUUUAUUAAUGCUUUUUUCUAACUAAUUUUCAGUAGGUAAACUUUUGUCAUUGGCUUGGUUCUAUAAGCAGCACUUUGUACUAUAUGAACACACAAAUGAAGCUAGAAAUAAUGAUGACUGAAAACAUUUGGUUGGUAUAUCAAAUACAUUCCAAGUAUACAUCAGGAACAAUCUCCAGGGGAGCUGUUGUCAGUAUUCCUUAAUUUGGACCCUGGCAUAUAAUGCUUAUGCCCAAGCAUUUUGAUUCCUAUUAUGAGCCGCCCCAUCUAGUAAAUAUUAUUGUAGUAUGUAUUUGCAGUAUCGGGCCCUAUAUUUGUAUUGUCAAUUUUAGAUGUAAAAAUAAGACAUAUGCUUUUGUAGCGAUAUCAGUUUUUAAGAUGUUUUGUUUGAAAGGAUUUUAUAUUUUAAACCACUUUUUAGGUAUUGAAUUUUUUUUAUAUACUACUUUUGGAGUGUAGUUACCUUCUGCUCCUCACAAGACCAGACAUUACUUUAAUUUGUUAACUUGUAAAACUGGACUGUUACAUUCUACCCAGUGGGACAACUAACUACUUCAGCCUUUUUCUUGCUGACUUCCAAGUCCAAAAGCUAACACAGUCAUUCUUGCCUGCUGUUUGGACUGUAUCUUUCCCUUUUUUUUGGUUGCUCCACUAGCUUCCCUCUCUUUCUGCAUCUCUUCAGUAUUAUCAUCCUUGCAUUUGCAACGCUUCGUAACUUUAGCUGAUGUACAUCUUAGUUCCCCUCUCAUGUGUUCACUCUACCAAUUCCCCUCUACCCCAUUGCCUUACUCUAAUUUUUAUGCCUUAUUCCAUGUACUCCUUUAGCAUCAACAUCUUCCCUAUCCCAGAAUGUCAGAGACCAUUUUAUACACCUUUUUGGUAAGUCAUUUCUUCUGCAUAACCCACAGUCAUUAACUAAUGUCAAUAAAAA